UGUUUUCACAAAGUCAACACUUGAGUUUUCAUGUUUCAAUUGAUUACCAUUGGCAAAUUCAGACGUCAACUUUCUCUGUCUUUAACAAAAAAAAAAAGAACAGAGAAAUCCUCAGUUUCUUCUUAGAGCUUUGCGUCAAUGGCGGAAGCAAAAGCAGCAGGACACGUAGUAAUCCUACCGAGUCCUGGGAUGGGACACCUCAUCCCCGCUGCGGAGCUGGCCAAGCGGCUCAUCCUCCGCCACGGCCUCGCCGUCACCGUCGUCAUCCCCGGCGAAGGUCCGCCGACAAAGUCCCAGCGAGCCGUCGUGGAGUCUCUCUCUCCCUCCAUCAACACCGUCCUCCUCCCACCUCCAGAUUUCAGCGAUCACCCACCGGUCUUCACUCGUCUCUUGCUCACCGUGAUUCGCUCCAACUCGGCGCUCCGGCAGCUUUUCCGAUCAUUCGAGGUGGAGGGACCCCUUCCGGUGGCUCUAGUGGUCGACCCCUUCGGCGCCGACGCUUUCGACGUGGCGGCGGAGUUCCACGUGGCGCCGUAUCUGUUCUUCACGUCGAGCGCCAAUGCCCUAGCGUUCGCCCUCUACCUGCCGGAACUAGACGAAACGGUGUCGUGUGAGUACCGGGACUUGACCGAACCGGUUCACCUCCCGGGCUGUGUCCCGGUUCCUGGUAAGGAUCUGCUCCAACCGGUUCAAGACCGGAAGCGCGACACUUACAAAUGGUUUCUCCACAACGCCAAGAGAUACAGAGAAGCCCAUGGGAUAUUGGUGAAUUCCUUCCAAGAGCUAGAACCCAGAGCUAUAAAGGCCCUUCAAGAACCGGCCACCGGAAGACCACCGAUUUACCCGGUCGGGCCAUUGGUUAACAUUGGUUCAUCCGAUGCUAACCGGACCGAAAAGUCGGAAUCUGAAUGUCUCCAGUGGUUAGACAAACAACCUCCCCGCUCGGUUCUAUACGUCUCCUUCGGCAGCGGAGGAACACUCACGCAGGACCAACUCAACGAGCUGGCUCUGGGCUUAGAGGACAGCCACCAACGAUUUCUAUGGGUUGUACGGACUCCGAGUGGAAUCGCCAACUCGGCCAUUCUCGACUCACACAGCCAAGGUGACGACGACCCAUUAACGUUUUUGCCUCAUGGGUUCAUGGGCCGAACCCAAAACAGAGGCCUAGUGAUUCCAUCAUGGGCUCCUCAGGCUCAAAUAAUGGCCCAUCCAUCAACAGGCGGAUUUUUGACACACUGCGGUUGGAAUUCCAUUCUAGAGAGCAUUGUGAACGGCGUCCCAUUAAUAGCGUGGCCUUUAUACGGAGAACAGAGGAUGAAUGCUCUGCUUCUGGUCGAGGAAAUCCGAGCGGCUUUGAGGCCACCGAGUUUCAGCGAUGGGGUCAUCGGCCGGGAAGAGAUAUCCGACGUGGCGAAAAGGCUAAUGGAAGGGGAAGAAGUGAGGAAUAGAAUGAAUGAGCUGAAGGAAGCAGCGUCCAUGGCCUUUAGUGGCGAUGGCUCCUCUACGAGGACACUUGAUGAUUUAGUGUCCUUCAGGUGGGUAAAAAGCUGAUCAACUCAACAAGUAAAAUGGAUUUAUUAAUGUAUGUCUUGUAAGUUUUAAUUUACCGACAUGAUAGCGAGUCGUUUCGAAUAAUUUCUAAUGGAUCGGCCGGAUGGUUAUUA